UGGCCUGUGGAGGUUCGCAGUCAGUCAGUGCCCAGGGAGCUGUCAUUGCUGAAGCUUGGACCAGAAGGCUGCGAGACUACUUGAGCCCUUCCUCCGGCCCGUCCUCUCCAGCUCAGCAUCAGAACACUGCUCAUUCCAGGCCGUCGACAUGGGGUCCUCUAAGAAGGUGACUCUCUCCGUGCUCAGCCGGGAGCAGUCGGAAGGGGUUGGUGCAAGGGUCCGCAGAAGCAUCGGCAGACCUGAGUUAAAAAAUCUGGAUCCAUUUUUGCUGUUUGACGAAUUUAAAGGCGGUAGACCAGGUGGCUUUCCAGACCACCCUCAUCGAGGCUUUGAAACAGUCUCAUACCUGCUGGCAGGGGGGAGUAUGGCCCAUGAAGACUUCUGUGGACACGUUGGUACCUUGAACCCAGGAGACCUGCAGUGGAUGACUGCUGGCCGGGGCAUCGUGCACGCUGAGAUGCCAUGCACUGAGGAGCCAGCCCACGGGCUGCAACUGUGGGUGAAUUUGAGGAGCUCUGAGAAGAUGGUGGCACCUCAGUACCAGGAACUGAAAAGUGGAGACAUUCCUAAACCCAGUAAGAACGGCGUGACCAUUGCUGUCAUUUCUGGAGAAGCCCUGGGAGUGAAGUCUCAGAUUUAUACUCGCACACCAACCUUGUAUUUGGACUUCAAACUGGACCAAGGAGCAAAGCAUUCCCAGGCCAUUCCCAAAGGGUGGACAAGCUUCAUUUAUACCAUAUCUGGAGAUGUCUACAUCGGGCCCGAUGAUGCACAACAGAAAAUAGAACCUCAUCACACCGCAGUGCUGGGGGAAGGUGACAAUGUCCAGGUGGAGAACAAGUGGAGGAAAAAGUCGCCGUUAUCGGGAACAUUAUCGGUGUCUCUUUCUGCCCUUGCCCUAGGUCCCUUUGUGAUGAACACCAACGAGGAGAUCUCUCAGGCCAUUCUGGAUUUCAGAAAUGGCAAAAAUGGCUUUGAGAGGGCCCGAACCUGGAGAUCAAAGAUCGGCAACUAGCAAAGACCCCAAGAGCAGCUGUGGACACUUCCGGGAGUUUUGCUGCGAGUGAUGUCCAUCCGACAACACUUUCAAGUCCCGAAGGCGAUCUAGCUGGCAUUUCCAAAGAGCCACCCCCUCUCCCCGUAGUGAUAGCAUGAUGCUCAUAGCAAGGCACUGGUGGGAGAUUUUCUGGCACGUGCCAAUAAACCUGUUGCUUCUUCAAAAACAAAACCAAACAAAAAACUA